CGCACACUCGCCUCCAGGCCGCCAGGCGGCGCUCUCACCACAGCGCGCUACAUUCUUCUUGAACAGCUCCAAAAAGGAGACUCAAUCCGCCAUAUGUGAUGUCGCAGAUUCGCCAUAAACGCCUGCUAAAGUAAUUUUAAUACAAUAAAUUCCACUUAAAAUGUUAUUUAGAGCCAUAAAUACAAAUAAGAAUCAUUUGCUGUUUUUUGGACUACUGAUGUAAUUCAGAAGCAUGGACCCAGCUCGAGCAGAGGGAUCUUCAGUUUUCAUGUGUAAAAUAUGCAACCUGUUCUCUCCCAAUAAAUCACUGCUCCUGUCCCAUGUACUUGAGAAACACACUGACGAAGGUGGAGAUGCAGAGGACUUUAUUAUCCCACUCAAACCUUUACAAUCUCCACAUGUACCAGAGGGCAUCAAAAGAAAAAGAGGUAGACCAAAGGGAUCCACUAAGAAAGCCCAAGCAGAUGUACAGAGGCCUAACAAAUUGUCCAGUCAACCAAAGAAAGAAAUAUCUGAUAUGUUGUCAGAAUCCCCAGGUAAACCACAACAUACUGAAGAUGGCACUGGUUUGGAGUGCAAGAAAUGUCAACGCAAGUUCAGCAACAAACGGCAAAUUUCCAAACACAUCUGUUUUGCUGAACUCAAAGAUGUUCCUGAUGAGGAUGACUUCCACAGUGAGAACCCUGGUCCUGUUGAGAUAGUAGAUGAAGAAGAUGAAGAUGUAGAAUGCUCACCAAAGAAGGCGAGAACAGUGAAGGCAGACAAGGUCUCUAGUGUAAAGGACCCUGAUUCAACAGGCUGCACCAAAAACCCCAUUGUCAGUGUGGUUCUGGCAGCACAUGAAGCCAUUCCUGGUGCCACAAAAAUAGUUCCCAUUGAAGCUGCUCCAGCUGAGAUGGUUAUGCAACCUGAUGGAACGGCAGAAGAGUCCACACAGAAGAAAGGUUACCAAGAAUAUGCCAUACAGCAAGCUGUUUAUGAAGUGCCUCUGAAAUCUAACAGGAUAGGGCAGACCCAGUUGAAAAUUUUCACCUGUGAAUACUGCAACAAGGUUUUCAAGUUCAAACAUUCCCUUCAGGCCCACUUGCGAAUCCACACCAAUGAGAAGCCGUUCAAAUGCAGCCAGUGUGACUACGCCAGCGCUAUCAAGGCCAAUCUCAGUGUCCAUAUGCGGAAGCAUACCGGGGAGAAGUUCAGCUGUGAGCACUGCUCAUUUAACUGCCUGAGCAAGGGUCACCUUAAAGUACAUGUGGAGAGGGUGCACCAGAAAAUUAAGCAGCACUGCCGCUUCUGCAAGAAGAAGUACUCUGACGUCAAAAACUUGCUUAAGCACAUCCGAGAGAGCCAUGAUAUGGAAGACGGGAAAGUCAAGGACUCUUAUGAUGAGUACAGGCUCCAAACCAGAGAAGGUAAACGACAGCUGCUCUAUGACUGUCAUGUCUGUGACCGUAAAUUCAAGUAUGAGUUGGAGCGUGAUCGGCAUCUGAUGGUUCAUGGUAGCAACCGACCGUAUGGCUGUGAGUUGUGUGAUCAUGGGUCAACAAAGUUUCAAGCUCUUCAGGCUCAUGUUAGAAAGCAUCCUUUUGUGUACGUGUGCUCAGUUUGCCUGCAGAAGUUUGUGAGUACUGUCCGCCUCAAGUUACACUUCAGCGAGUCCCACCCAGGAAUGGAUGAAUCCAUGGCUUUCGCUGAUUCAAUCAAAAACAGUUUCUGCCUGUUGAAACCUGGAGAUGACAUUCAGCGGGACAUGCUGAGACAAGAUGAAUUGGAGAUCAGCAAAGAGUUGUCCCUCCUCAAUGCACAGGAAGUGCUUGCCACUGAAAUGGACAGUGUAGAGGAACAAGAGGCUCAAGGUCCUGGCAGUUUAACUACAGAGGAACUGGUACAUGAUCCCCAAGAGGACAUAGCUUCAGCAGAGAUCAACAACUGCCCAGUUAUUGAUACGAGUGCAGCUGUGGAAGCUCAAGUGCAUGGGAGAGUCUCUGAGGAUUUACUAGAUAAAGAACAGCUGCAGGAUAAUUUGCCAAACAUGGACAGUAGUGUAACAGAAUUUAAUAAUCCUGGCGAAGGGAAUGCAAAUUUGCCCACACAAACUCCAACGUCUGAGAUACCAUGCAUGUCACCAAAAGAGCAAAUGCUGUCAGGAGUCACAGCAGACAUGUCAGUUACUCAGAGCAAGAAUGAGUCCAGUGUUACUCAAAGCAGCCCUCCCCCUAGUGGUACGGAGGACUUGGCAUCCACACAACUAGAGGAAAAAUCUGCUUUUGCACAGAUUUUAGAACAAAUGCAGAAAAGGCAACUAAACAUGGAAGUUUUUGAUAGAAUACGGAAAGUCUACGGAGAUCUGGAGUGUGAAUAUUGUGGUAAGCUUUUCUGGUACCAGGUGCACUACAACAUGCAUGUAAGAACACAUACACGAGAACAUCUGCAUUACUGUUCCCAGUGCAGCUACUCUUCCAUUACCAAAAACUGCCUGAAGCGUCAUGUAAUCCAGAGACACAGUAAUGUUCUCCUCAAGUGCCCCUCAGAAGGAUGCCAGUACUCUACGCCUGACAAGUACAAACUGCAGGCCCAUCUUAAAACUCACUCAGAAAUUGUUAAGAAGAGCUUUGUUUGUCCCAUCUGUAAGAAGGCAUUUCCAGAAGACAAACUUAGGCAUCAUAUCAAAACUAAUCAUCCAGAUACAUCACUAACGACCACUUUAGAGGCACUGGGAAUACGUGCCCAUGUAAAAGGUGUAAUAGGAAAACGAGCCUCUAAAUGUCCAUACUGUGAUUGCUACUUCACAAGAAACGGAACUGACAUGCAGCAGCACAUCUGGGCCCAUGAAGGAGUAAAACCCUUUAAAUGCUCAUUGUGUGAAUACGCCUCACGCAGCAAAAGCAACCUGAAGGCUCAUUUCAACAGGCACAACACAGAGAAGAGCCACCUGUGUGAUCUGUGCGGGAAGAAGUUCAAGUCCAAGUGCACACUAAAGAGCCACAAGCUCAUGCACUCAGCAGACGGUAAGCAGUUCAAAUGUACUGAGUGUGAUUUCACUGCAGCACAGAAACCACAGCUCCUCCGCCACAUGGAACAGCACGUCUCCUUUAAGCCAUUCCGUUGUGCACACUGCCACUACUCGUGCAACAUCUCAGGUUCUCUUAAAAGACACUAUAACAAGAAGCAUCCUGGGGAGCAGUACAGCAACGCAGGUCCUGGAACACCCACUUCAGAGACUGUGAUAGAGCAAGUGCCUUUGCACUGUAUAUCUGCAGGUGGAGUGAAGUGUCCAGUCUGUAACUAUGUUUACGGAACGAAAUGGGAAAUGAACAGACACUUGAAGUGCAAGCAUGGACUCAAAGUUGUUGAGAAUCAGUGGGAGGUAGUAGAAUCAGCAGAGGAACCAAACACACAGUAUCUUCAAAUUGCUGAGACAGAGGACGUGCAGGGAACAGAGGCUGCUGUUUCAGUGCUGCAGAACCUUCGCUUUAACACACAGAAUGGAGUUGUCUCAGCGACAGCUGCAGACAGACUGGAUCCAGCGUCAGUUAAUAUUCUUCAGCAGAUAAUCGAGCUUGGCACAGAGAACCCCGACACUGUGGCCUCCGUGGUUGCCAUGGCACCUGGCACAGUCACCGUGGUGGAGCAGGUGACAGAGGAGGAGCAGCAGACAGACCAUGCCAUGAUGAUCCAUGAUGCACUGCAGCAGGCCACUGUGGGUCUCGGAGAAGAGCAUCAUUUGGUGGUGUCUUCAGAUGACGUGGAAGGCAUCAAGACAGUCACGGUGUACACACAGGGUGAGGACGCUUCACAGUUCAUUGUCUAUGUUCAGGAGGCUGUCCAAACUGAGGAGAGCACUACAGAUGUGACCUAAAAGACUUUAGAACAUUCAGAAGGAUGUACAAAUGGAAAGGUUUUCAAAAGCUUGGAAGGAAAAAUGAAAUGAAAUGUGUUCAAUGCAAGCUGAUAAGCUAAUGCAUAAAAAAUAGAGGCAGUAGUUGCAUGCAGUAUACAAAAACAGCAUAUGAUUUUUAUUAUUUUUUCAGAGACAUGCAGAACAAGUCUACUGAAAAUCUCCUUCCCACUCAUUCUUUUGUAGCUUUUUAUAAGACAGUGAUUUUGAUGGGUUUCAAAAUUAUUGAAUGGAUUUGUCUGCUACAUCAUAUCUGAGGUAAUACGGACUUUAAUCAGAUUCACCAGAAUCUGAGCUUGAAUUUAUGAUGAGUCACAGAAAGAAUGUGUGUGAUUUGAUGUUAAACCACAGCGCUGUUGAAUUCACGAUUCUGAUUAGUCAGAAGUAUCGCUGCAGUCCACAUAAAUGGAAUUUAAAAACAUGUGUAACUGUUGAUCUGAAGUUUUCUGUGAGGAGAUACAUUUUUGGAAGGAGUCUCAGUAAGUUUUACAACAUGCUUUUCUGCACUUUCCUGAUGCUUGGUAACAUGACAAGCUGCAAGCUGUCCGAGAGAGAGAAAAAAGAGAGGCUAGUGAGGGAAAGAAUGCAGGAUUUGACAAUUAUAGCAGUUUAUUGCUGCUAUAAUGUAAGUGAGAAGAGGAACUAACUUGUUUUUUGGGACAUUCCAUAACAUUAAAUGUAACUGUAAAUAGAUAAAAAGUAUGAUGUAUCAUUCUUCAUAAAUCAUUGGCAAAUUGCUGUGGUAUAAGAGCAAUAAAACAACACCAUGUUUUUUAUUACUGUCUUAUAAAAGCUAAUCUCUAAGUGCUUUAUUUCUUAAUUAUUUAACAUUUUUGCUCUGAAUCUUAUGCAAGUAUGCUGUCUGAGUUCACCUUUUGAUAUUUGAGACUUGAAUAUUCAGGUUUAAAACAUUCAAGACGUAGAAACUUCUACACCUUAAAUGCAUGUGAUUGAAAAUUUACAAUAAUCAUCCAGGAAAGGGCAAACAGGCCAGGAUCCGAACAAACUCAUCAAUUUUGCCAAUUAACAGUUGUGAAGUAGGGAAGGUCAUUAGUCAAACUGUUCGGUAAUUUUUGCAUGUAACUAUGUAAAUAUAAUGAAUUUUUAACAAGUAAAUACUUAUGUCAAAUGCAUUUAUUGCAUGUUAACACGUAUAUUUUUGUCCCAUUAACAUGUUACACUGGUCUUGCACUUAAUAGCUGAUUCCAUUUUUGCUUUUGGAGAGAUACCUGGGCAUCUUACUGCCACCUACUUGCAAUAAGUGGUGAAGCUUUAUUGCUCACAAGACACGGAGAAUGAAGAAAUAGUGGAAAAUUAAUAUUGAAAUGAAUGUAAAUUCAUAUCAAAUGAAUGUAAUGUAAAUUUUCAUAUCUAAUCAUUUCUGAAAUAUCUGCCUGCUUUUGGAGCUGUAAAUGAAGUACCCCAACAUCUGAGUAAUAUAUUACCUUGGCUAUUAUAGCGUAUUCUGAUUACAAACAGGUCAAGUGACCAAAUUAGAGUAAUAAAGUGGUGAAAGAUGAAAAAGCAUGAAGCUCAUCAUGCUUAAAAUUUCAGUGUUUUUUUUUUUAAAACUUUACUUAACAGUUUAUAUAGCUUACUUGCUUUUAACAGACAGUAACUGAUGGGAAGAGCAAAAUUCUAAUAUUACACGUGCUCAGUGAAACUGGACUGAUGAUUGGAUUAAAAAAAAGGGGGGGGGGGGUCCCAUUUAUCUAUAUGCAUAGUUUUGUUUGUACACCGUGUGUACGCAUGUUUCUAUGCAUUCAAUGUGAUUCAUGAUGUUUUGCUUAUGCAUGAGGAUCUUUGUAUAUUUCUGCACACUCCUGACCAUGGGUUUGCAGAAACUCAUAGUGGUAGAAAAGUGUAAUAGCAGGUAAAAUGAUUAUGAGGAACUACUGUACCACACCACUUCUUGUCAAUCAUGUCAGCAUAAUUGAGAGCAUAAUUACUGACUGCAGUGCUCCCAAGAUGCAGACAAAUAACACAGAUGGAAUGUAAAGUAAAAUCAUAUAAAAGGCACAUUUAAAGAGAGAUUGGCAUUAUGCCUUUUUUUUGAAGAUCUGGCUCACACAGCUUUGUGGAUGGAGCACUGCAUUACAUUACAUUUCCAAAACCAGCAGCGUUUUGACAGCAAAAAUGACAAAUUAUCGUGCCUUCGAGUUUCAAAACGUAAUUGGGGAAAUAGAAUGACCACAUAUACUCAUAAAAUCUUUACUAGUAAAAGUGCCAAAUAAAACCAGUUUUGUUUUGCUCCACUUCCUGCAGCAGUAUCUUUACUUUAUUGUUGGUGAAGUUCAUCCUGGUAUGCACCAAAUCAUCUGUAACAAGUAGCACCUUGAGUCGGCUACUGUGCUUUUUAAAGGGAAGUUGUUUACCAUAUAUGGUGAUUUGAGGGCAUUUUUUUAAAAUGCAAAUUAGUGUGGCCAUGCACAAGCACAUCAGUUUAGAAUAGUUGAAAUGUGCAUUGUGAGAUGCUUUUCUAUUCACCACAGUUACAAAGAGAGGUUAUUUGAGUUACCUUAGCCUUCCUUUCUAGCUUGAACCAGAGUAGUCAUUCUCCUCUUCAACAUGGUAAUUCUGUCAACAGAACUAUCACUCACUGGAUGUUUCCUGUGUUUUGCACCAUUCUGUGUAAACUCUAGAGACUCUAUAGUUGUGUGUGACAAUCCCUGGAGAUCAGCAGUUGCUGAAAUACCCUAACCUUCUCGUCU